GAGAGUAAGCUCAGUGCUGAGCUGUUGAAAGCUGUGGAAAGAGCCGGAUACAAGAAGCCCUCUCCAAUUCAGAUGGCAGCCAUUCCACUAGGAUUGCAGCAGCGAGACGUCAUUGGGAUUGCGGAGACUGGUUCCGGUAAGACUGCUGCUUUUGUUUUGGCCAUGUUGUCUUAUAUUACUAGACUUCCUCCUAUGAGUGAAGAGAACGAGGCUGAAGGGCCUUAUGCUGUGGUCAUGGCACCAACUCGCGAACUCGCACAGCAGAUAGAAGAUGAGACUGUCAAGUUUGCCCAUUACUUGGGCAUCAAAGUUGUUUCCAUUGUUGGUGGACAGUCAAUUGAGGAACAAGGGUUCAAAAUUAGACAAGGGUGUGAGAUUGUCAUUGCUACACCAGGUCGUUUGAUUGAUUGCUUGGAGAGGCGUUAUGCUGUGUUGAACCAGUGUAAUUAUGUCGUUCUUGAUGAGGCUGACCGCAUGAUAGACAUGGGUUUUGAGCCACAAGUUGUAGGUGUAUUAGAUGCCAUGCCUUCAAGCAAUUUGAAACCAGAGAAUGAAGAUGAGGAGCUCGAUGAGAAGAAGAUUUAUAGAACCACUUACAUGUUCAGUGCUACCAUGCCACCAGCUGUAGAGCGGCUUGCUAGGAAGUACUUGAGGAAUCCUGUUGUAGUCACCAUUGGCACUGCUGGAAAGGCUACUGACUUAAUAUCACAACAUGUGAUGAUGAUGAAGGAAUUGGAGAAAUUUUCUAGAUUGCAGAGAUUACUUGAUGAUCUUGGGGACAAGACUGCCAUUGUAUUUGUCAACACCAAAAAGAAUGCUGAUACUAUUGCCAAGAAUCUGGAUAAAGCAGGCUAUCGGGUCACGACUUUGCAUGGAGGGAAAUCUCAAGAACAGAGAGAAUUUAGCUUAGAAGGCUUUAGAACUAAGAGAUAUAAUGUUCUUGUUGCAACUGACGUUGCAGGGCGUGGUAUUGAUAUACCCGAUGUGGCUCAUGUCAUUAACUAUGACAUGCCUAAUAAUAUAGAAAUGUACACACAUCGUAUUGGACGAACAGGUCGUGCUGGAAAGAGUGGUGUAGCCACAACAUUCUUGACUCUUCAGGAUACUGAUGUCUUUUAUGAUCUUAAGCAAAUGCUUAUUCAGAGCAAUAGUCCUGUGCCUCCUGACCUAGCAAAGCAUGAGGCCUCAAAAUUCAAGCCUGGAACAAUUCCUGACAGACCUCCUAGGCGCAACGACACUGUUUUUGCCCAUUGAGAAAUUCAAGAUUUUGAAGGAGAUGUCUAAUGAAGCUUAAAGCAUUUUGAUUUUUCCAGUAAUUUGUUAUUUUGGUAAGGGAAACAGCUUUUGGUAAGUAAAGGAUCAUGAGAAUUCUGCCAUCCUUAAAUGGCAACUGAUGUCCUUUAGUACUCAGUGGUAUUACUGAUUUUAUGAUGAUUAUUUACUGAUUGUAAGAGUUACACCUUCUUAGCAUAUCCAUGAAGAUUCAUGGGAUUAUGGAUUAUAAUUAGAUAGUUUUAGACAAUAUAUACAUACUUUUGGUUCUUUUUUAUCCUGGAUCUUAGCAAAGCAUGUUUACAUUUUGCACUUGUGAAUUGGAUUUACUUUUGACGGAGUGGAGGGAACUGGCUUUAUGACAUCAUUACCCAACAAGAUUAAAUCUCAA